GUCUCUAUAUGCUAACGGCUUGUAGCAUUGGGUCACACUUCUCGUGGCUGUAAGGAGGAGCGCGAAGAACGUGAGCGUGUCGGCGUUAAAUGCGUCAACUGCAGUGCUGAUGGACAUCGUGCUCGCGAUUGCCCUGAGCCACGUCGCAAUGUUUUUGCUUGUCGUAACUGCGGCUCGGAGGACCACAAGGCAUCAGAAUGCCCCAACCCUCGCUCUGCAGAGAAUGUUGAAUGCAAGCGAUGCAACGAGAUGGGACAUUUCGCGAAGGAUUGUCCUCAGAAACCACCUCCCAGAACCUGCCGCAACUGCGGAUCCGAGGAUCACGUUGCGAAAGAAUGUGACAAGCCGCGCGAUGUCUCUACUGUUACCUGCCGUAACUGUGAUGAGGUCGGACACUUCAGUCGUGACUGCCCCAAGAAGCGAGACUAUUCUCGCGUCAAGUGCAACAAUUGUGGUGAAAUGGGCCAUACCAUCAAGCGUUGCCCUACCGCCAAUGCCACUGAGGACACCCCUCACGGCGACAGCCAUAGCUUCAACGCGCCUGUUAACGACGAGUGGAAUGAAAACGGUGGAACUCAGUGGAACAACAAUGGGGGAACUGAGUGGAACGACAACGGCGGAACUCAACAGGAAACUGCCCCGGCCGAGGAAGGCGAAUGGAAUGUUGGUUCCGCUCCUGGUUGGUAGAAGAAGGAUACAGCAAGCAAAGUCGAUCAACCCAUGGUCCAUAAGGCGUCGGUCACAAUCGUCUGGAACGAUGUAUAAUACCUUUGCACGCGUGUUACUCAGUCGCUUUCAUGCUUACCUCUCUUCUCGGACAACAACCAGUUGCCCUUCUAUGGUGGGUGAUAUCUGUGGAGGGACUACCUUUGAUGUGUGUUCAUACCGACUGGUUCGGGUAAUCUCCCCUCGAUAUUUUCUUUCCUUUACUUGCAGAAUUCGCUCGGAAGACGGAACCGUUCCUGCUUGUCUUUGCUUGAUGAGCGGAGGGAUCUGUCAGGCCGUUUGACCUGUAGGGUAGUUUGAGAAAAUUGAAUCGAAAUACGUUGUUGCUUCCUAGUGUGC